AUGGAGAAAAUGAAGACCAAAAGCAUGAGUAGCGGAAGUAAAGCAGAGAAGAAGCCUCCCAAAGGCGCCAUGGGUAGGAGGAAACGCCUCUUAGCUCAACCUGCAAGCCAACCUGAAGAAGAGAAGAAGGAUAAUAAGAUGAAUCCGCAGCUCCAGAAGAAAUCUGAAUCAGCCCCAGCAUGAUGUAUUAAGAAGGAUGAUAUUGAUACCAAAGAAAUUGAGAAAAUUUUCAAAAUCACAAGAUCAGGUAAAUAAACGGGGCCGGAAGCCUAAGAAAAGGGGCAGGAAGCCUAAAAACACUGCUAAGGAUGUUCAGAAUGGGAAAGGGAAGCUUAAGAAAAUUAGUAAAGAUGAGGAAGAAAAGAAAAUACAGCAGCCGAAUGAGAUACCACAAGUGAGGGUUGGAGAGGAUAAGGAGUUUAAAGAACCACAGAUAGCGGCGAAUAUGGUGAAGAAACAGGUUGUAGAGUCCAAAUUAGAGCCUACUUCAGAGAUAGAUGCAACUCCUCCUACUUCAAAAAGCUCCCUUAACAAACAGGUAGAUCUCUUAUGAACACCCUCUACAGCUCCUAAAGCUGUUUCAGAAGAGGCUAAAAUUCAAAAAGUAUCCUCAAAUUCAGAGUCUGUUGCUGAAGAGCCAAAUUCUCAGAUUGAGCCUUCACAUACGUCUCAAGCAGGGACUUCCAAGUAUCUUGAAACAAUGCUCAGAAUAGAUAUUGAGUACCCGACCAAUAAAGUGGUAGAUCUUAAGGCAGAAUUUGAUGAUUUCCUGGAUGAAAACAACUUAAUCGACAUCUAUGACAACUCUAAAAAGGAAACCAAUCCGCUAAAAUUUGGCAAGCUCAACAAGAAAGGAAUAGGCAGUGUAGAAGAAGAGCAGGAACUUGCUGAGGAAGGAGAUGAUAACAUUAAGUUUGAUAAGAAUAUAAAUGCUCAUGAUAUGAUGCCUGGCAAGAAUAGCCAGUACUCUUCAGUCCUCAAAAACCUCAUUUCUCGAAUGGAGCAGGACGGCACCCUUGGAAGACAGAGAGAGUACGGUAGGAGUACCAACAAGGGUAAGAAGCUUAAUGAAGAUAAAGACCAGGAGUACUAUUACAACCUCGAUGAUGAAUUCAUCGAUGAUUGUGAAAUAAUCAAUAACGAGUCAAUGCACAAGGAUUUCUCUCAGCAGGAGCUCCUCGAAGAAGACCUUGAGAAGUUCUACCUCAAUUUCGAAUUCCUCCAAACGAACAAGCUACAGAAAUAUACUGAGAAAAUUCACCAGAAGAAGCUUCAGCGGAUGGAAGAUGAACAGAUCUCAGAUCCGAAAAUUAAUGAAAAGAUGCAGCAGCUUGAAAACUCAAUUAAAGAGAACAAGGAUGGAACCCUGAACACUUUGCUCCAAGAAAUCGCACUGAAACUCAUGUCUGAUGAUGAUAAUGAGCCUAAUGAGUACCAGAAUUUCCGCGAAGAGAUCUUACUGAAACUCCAAAGGAUGUUCAAAGAGAAAGACAGGGAUAAAAUAGAAUACGUCCUGAACCUCUUCGUCAAAAAGCAAGAUGCAAAAGAGACUAUGAACAGUCUUUCUGAUAUGCUGUUCCGGUAUAUUGAAAAGAACACAAGAAUCCAUAAAGCUCUGCGUGAUAAGCAACCUAAGGAGGAGUCUAAGGAGGAGCCAGAGGCUAGUGAAUUCGCUCGUGUUUGUUUAGACUCUCAGGCGAAGGAAAUCAUAGAAUCGAUCCGCUCUAGCAUCCAAAAGUACUUGAAAUACACCAAUAUGUACAAGGUCUACAAGAUUCAUACAGGUAUCAAACGUCUGAAGACCGAUGAAGAAUUCGAGGAUUUCACUGGAGACCUCCGGAAAGAUGCCAAAUGAUACAUGAAAAAGCACGAAGAAACCACCCUGAGAGGCAUUUUCCUUAAGGAAAAGAUCACCUCAAAUACCGUACAGAGGAAAAUCAGAGAGAUUAUGCUUCUGUUUGAAGAGUCUGAUUAUAAAUAUGUUCAACAAGUUUUCGAAGACAUUUUGAAAUACCAAAUAGAACCUAUAACCAAAGAGCAGCCUGAAGAGGCUAAGAGCCAGCCAGCUCCUGCACAAGAAGAGGCUGUCAAGAAGGAGGAUCAAACAGAAGAGGUAGAGGAGAAGAUAGUCACUUAAGCAAUAAUUCAACCUAAAUUUCUGAAAAUGGG